AUGUUUUUACAAGUUUAUAAAUGCAAAUUAGCUCUUGAAACUGAAGAUAACAUUGUUGCAUAUGGAACUUAUUUACGAGAUUCACAGAUUUCCAUUGAUGGUGCUGAUAUAUUAGUGGUCAUCCUUUACCCUCUUCAACCUAAUGCACUUCUUCCAUUCCCACUUUCUGAAAACAUUAGGACAAUAAGGGAGGGUGUUGGAUAUGAGGUUUUGUGGCCUAUUGCAUUUGUGAUAAAUGAUGAUGAUGAGGAUGUUGGCAAGAGGAAGAAUAAAAUGAAGAAGAUACAAGCAUCCCCAAAGAAAAUCAAAUAUGAGAAUCCUAGAGAUGUACAACUGUUUUCUAAAACAGUUUCAUCAAUGUUGGAGGGUAAACCGACACCCAAAGUUGACUUUCCAAUCAAUGUUUUUGGGAUGAAAUUUCAAACUUUCCUCUUGACAAGUGAAAUGAAUGAUGUAAUUUCUGCAAAAGAGUUGACUAUGAAUUGCAUAUGUUUCUAUAUUUGGCGGUUGCAUGAACAUCUGGAUGAGACACUACAGGAGAAAAUUAUAUUUAUUCAUCCAGGAAUGGUGUCCAAGGCUGGAACAAUAGCUCCACAAAUUGAAAAAAGAGCAAGGUUCAUUGCUGAUCGCCUAAUUGACUCUAAAUUGGCAGACUUGGUUUUUCUUCCAUAUAACCCAAGGUUUCAUUGGGUUUUGGCUGUAAUUGACCUCAAAUCACAAAUAGUCUACUAUUUAGACUCGCAAUUGCAACAACCAUACCAAGAUAUAAAAGAUAUUGUGAACAUGGGGUUUCGAAUUUUUGUAUCUCAAAAGAAGAAAGGAUCUAAAAAAGAGCUCAAGUGGAUGGUUGUUGAGGGGCCCAAACAGUUGGAUGGUGUCAUGUGCGGAUAUUUUGUCAUGCGAUACAUGCGAGACAUAAUUGCAAAUAGAAGUCUCUUAACAUCUCAGUUUGAAGGAAAAAAAACCUAUUCACGAGCUGAGUUAGAUGAAGUGAGAUCUGAAUGGGUCUCAUUUUUGAGCACUCUUAUCUUAGACCAAGUAUAGUGGGUUUCGGGUGACAUUUGCAGUUGUUGCAAUUUUGAGAUGACAAGAUCAUAUGUAAGAUCUUAUUGUCAUGCAUAGAUGCUGAAGUUUUGGAUACUUUUGGGUACAUACCUAUAUCUUUUAAAAGAUACAUUUGAUGAAAGUACUAAUUCAUGUUUUUU